GCGAUAGAGCGUAAUCGGUGGGAAAGCACACUACGGAAAAAAACUACUUGCUUAUAUGUACAUAUGUCUUCAUAUCAUUAUAAAUAUGAAUUAUAAAAUUUGCGAUUGUUUCAUUCGCAGUUUAGAUCUACCACUAAUUUGACUAUUUUUUGAGCUUAAAAAAUAUACUUGAAUUAUGGGAGACGUGCGAUAUAUUCCGUUUAUUUUACUUUUUAUUAAUGCUUUAUUAUUCACUGCAGGCAGUACAUCGGUUGAAGAAGAUGAAGAUGUGGAUUUACACCCCUUCAUUAAAGUUGGUAGCAAGUAUUAUUUAUUUGCUCACGGCUUAAAGAUGGAUUGGUUCGGAGCUGUUCAUUUUUGUCGUUCUUACGACAGUGAUUUGCUAACGAUUGAAUCGUUGGAUGAACAUAAUGUUUUAGUUACGCCCUUGUGGGUUUUCCUGUUAUUUAGUAAUACGGGUGUUUGGACAAGUAUCAACGAUUUGGCGGUGGAAGGCACAUACAUGUCGCUGAAUAGUGGACGUCCAAUGCUUUAUACAUUCUGGGGGCAGAACGAACCGCACAACGAGGGAGAUGCGGAGGAUUGUGUAGAAAUCGUGCGCUUCGGUGGUAUCCUUCGAAUGAACGAUAAUAAGUGUUCAAUACAAAGGCAAAUUAUUUGCGAAAAGCGUUCACCAUUAAUUGCUCGUAAUUCCGCCACAAAAUCAAACUGUGAGAAGACAGAUUGAAUUCCAGGCAUUUCUACAAUUUCAAAUGUUUUAAACGGCAGGGCAAAAUAUUAUGUAAAUAAACAUCUAUUUAUUUUAUUUCGAACAAGAA